UAACAAGAUAAACAAAUCGCAGACGGGGCCGACGAGAAGUGUCGAGUUCUGGUAUGAUUUCCGACAGGCUUUUACCAUUUUUAACGUGACGGCGACGCCGCUUAAACGCUCGAGCGACGUACUUCGCUGCUAUGGAGCGACACAAGGCGAUUCCGGACCCGCGCCGUUAAGGAAGGACCUUCGAGCAAAGUUUCAGUUGACAGUGCGUCGCCACCAUGUUCAAGCUAAAGGAGUUGGCCCGAUGGCUGGGUAUGACGGUGUUCGAGAUGUUUGUGCACCUCGUUUCCAUCACCCUUUUCUCUGUCAUGGUCGUCCUCAAGCUGGACAAGGCGUUCGACGUGUCCUGGUGGACUGUGUUUGUGUCGCUGUUCAUCUGCGAUGGCUUGAACGCUUAUUUCUGCGUUAUUGUGUUCAUACGACAGUACAUCGAAGGCGUGUACAAGGCGGGCGCUUUUCGCGCCGUCUGGAGCUUUAUGCAACUGCUGCUGAUGUUUCUGUUCAAGUUGCUGCUGUGCCUUAAGGCCGAAGGGCAGAAGAGUAGCCUCGUGUACUCGGAGGUGUUUGCGCCGCUGUUUAUUCUGCUGAUGCUCGUCAUGGUGCGCGCCUGUCAUCUGCAUUGACGUGUGCUAGGAUUUUUUAAAAUGACGUUUCUUCGAAGAGCGCGAGCCACAUCUGCGUAGGGCAGCUGCGUCGUCGGCGUAUCUUUGCAGUGUAUCGUCUGUGGGCUACGGCUGCGUCGUCUGCUGCUGUUACCUCGCUGUACAAAGCUAACUGACGUUCGUUAACUCUUGUUUGCGAGAUUUAUUUAUUUCUUCUUGCGUUGCCGUGAGUAACUUUCAUAGUCCUGUGAAUAAGUCAAAAUGAUAAGGCCCGAAAACAUGUUACUGGAUUGGCGCGACUACUUACGAAGUAAACGGAAUGCUGUUUAAAGUACUAUCGCACUUAAUCCUGCUGCUCUUCAAUGACAGCUGCAGCUGUUUUGGCAGGUUGUUUUUGGUUAGUGAGUUGAGCGGUGCACAUCUCUUUUGCAAAAGAACUGUGUGAGCCAUCGUUUUCUAGUGCGCAAAGACUAUUGAUGUCUAUCUUGACCUCUGUUAAUAGAGUCAAAAGCUUGCAGCCACAAGUCCGAAGCCCUAAGAUUCUUUUGACUGAGGUCAGCAUGUAAUAAAAACAAUUUCUUCA